UCUAGAUCACAAUUAUAAUUCCUUACAUUGCUUAAUAACCCUCGUUUAGUCCUUGUUAGUAGGUGGAUAUUCCCAAGGUCAUUUCAGCAUUGCUACAAGGUCGUUCGUAAACUACAGUCUCAUUACUUAUUGGAAUCAACACUGUUCGUUAUGAGUAACAUCUACGUUACCGAACCAGCAACUCAUGGUAAAGUUAUUCUAAAGACCACAGUUGGGGAAAUAGAAAUUGAGUUAUGGUCCAAAGAAGCCCCUAAAGCAUGCAGAAAUUUUGUCCAGCUGUGUAUGGAGGGCUACUAUAAUGACACAUCAUUCCAUCGGCUUGUUCGUGGUUUCAUCGUUCAGGGUGGAGAUCCGACAGGUACUGGAGAAGGUGGAGAAAGUAUAUACGGACAACCCUUUAAGACGGAAAUUCAUUCAAGACUAUCCUUCAAUCGUCGUGGCCUUGUUGGGAUGGCAUGCCUUGAAGAAAACAUGAACGGGAGUCAGUUUUUCUUCACUCUAGGGUCGGCUACAGAACUUACAGGAAAACACACAUUGUUUGGUCGUGUGGCUGGUGAAACUCUGUUCAAUAUGCUGCGGCUCGGUGAAGGAGAUGUAGGCCGAAACGAACGACCGUUGAGGCUUCAUCGGAUUGUUAGCACUUAUGUAAGCCAUCACAUAUAUAUAUAUAUAUAUAUAUACUUUUGGUUAAAUUCUCGUAAACUCAUCCCAUCAGACACUGAACGCGAUGAAGAGCGUAAAUAAAUCAGAUCUAGGCUAACCCAAAGUUUGAGGGACGACCGUGAGCAGUGGUGGGCAACGAAAGCGAAAGAGGUGGAAAUGGCAGAUGCUGUAGAAACCGAAUUAUUUUCAGUGAGUUAGUUUUCUACAGGAUGGGGUCGCUAACCCCACGCUCAACCCUCCUCUUUUACCCGGGCUUGUGACCGGCAGUAACUCUAGAAGAGCU